AUGUGGUUUUCUACGUCGUUGUCAGCCCUGUGGCUGGCAACGUUGGCUUGGGGAGCUGUCAGGCAAGACGAGGAUGGCAACGUCAAGAGCAUAGGCUUGAGAACACAUACUCUAGUUCAGCCCUACCUCGAUUCCGACAUGCAGAGUCGGUGGUACGACUUUGGAGGCGACACGAUCAUCCGAACGGACCAAUACAUCCGUCUUUCUUCAGAUCGACCGUCGCAGAACGGCUGGCUCUUCUCAAGAGUGCCAUUGACCGCCACGAAUUGGGAGAUUGAGGUCGAGUUCAAGAUACAUGGCAAGAAUCAGCUAUAUGGUGACGGUUUUGCCAUGUGGCUCACGAAGCAACGGGGGCAGGUUGGACCAGUCUUUGGAAGCACUGACAACUUCGAGGGUCUCGGGAUCUUCUUCGACACGUACAAGAAUAACAGGCCCGGCGUCGUAUUUCCCUACGUCAUGGCCAUGUUCGGCGAUGGGAAGACCGGAUACGACAAGGACACGGACGGAAAGAGCACCGAGUUCGCUGGCUGCUCUGCCAGGGGCAUCCGACAUGCCAGUGUUCCAACGAAGUUCCGCUUGACUUACUUCCAAGACAAGUACCUGAAGCUCGAGCUCCAGUAUAAGUCGGAGGACGAGUGGACGCUAUGUUUCGAGACCAACGAACCCCCAGCAAUUCCCCAGGUUGCGUAUCUCGGCUUCAGCGCUGAGACGGGCGAGCUGAGCGACAACCACGAUAUCAUCUCCAUCAACGCCAAGAAUCUCUACACCUCUCAACCGACCGGCCGCCCCACCCCUGGUAGCGGACGAGGAAGGAAAUCUCCUCCGCCAAAGACGGGCGGUAGCUGGACAUGGUUCUUCAUGAAGAUCAUAUUCUUCUUCUUGGUUGUUGGAGGAGGCUAUGUUGGCUACACGGCGUGGAGAACAAACCAGAAGCGGUCGCAUCGAUUUUAA